AUGGAUGGGAGAUUAAGAACACUUACGUGGCUCGGAUGUUUCUUCCUUUUUGGACUAUCAACGGUGGCUGCCGAGCAGAAGGUGUUUUUAAAUCAGAAUGAAGAAAUCCUAAACAACAUACUGCCCCUCAAGACCGGAAUAACAAACCCAUGUGAUUUCAAAGAAUAUUUAAUAUUUUACGAGUCGAGUGGGUUCAGUCGAGAUUUUGACGAAUUCAUUUCGGAGAAGAAAAUGGACGCCAUGUGGCUUACAAUGUUGGGAAAACUGAGGUCUCAAACCUACGAAUCUGGCAGUGUCGAGGAAAAGUUUUUAAAGCUGUAUGACGUCUGCAAUACUACUAUCAAUAACGAACAGAGUGUUGACCUUUUGGCCUAUGUGCAGCCGGACAUCAAUCUGCCCUGGCCACAGUACAGUCACUGGCCCAAGGAACGUUUCCAGUGGCUGGUUACUCUCGCCCGAUUGACCCGCUAUGGCAUGGAUGAUGUGUUACUUAAACUGAGACUCACAGUGGACAGCGAGAAAGCCAGCAAGUACAUGGUGGCGAUUAAAAAGCCCAAAUUUCUACAGACCGAAGGGUAUGCCACGGACAGAUUGGCCCAAAAGGGGUUCAACGAUAGUCGGGCUGAGUUCAUCGCUGAAGAUAUAUCAAACCUUGAAAAAGCUCUAAAAACUCUUAGUGAGAAUACAACUGGUUCGGAUUUUGCACAGCGAUUGACCCUACAGCAGCUAGAAAAUCUACAUGGAAUUUCGCUAAGAAAAUACCUCGAAAUCGUCUUUGAUUACCCGUUUUCGACAAGCUUCCAGUUGCAAGUGAAUGAUGUAAACUAUUUGGUUGGACUUAAUCAUUUAAUAAACACAUUCAGUCAGGAGACUGUUGCCUGCUUUCUUAUGUUACGCUUCGAAGAACACCUGCUUUCGCUUAAACCUCGAGGGAAUUGCUUGGAUCUCCUAAAAAAGGAAAUGUAUUUCGGCGGCACGCUGCUUCUUGAGGAACAUGUUUUGGGUGAGAAAAAAGUGAAGGACUACCAGUCUCAGGUCCGUCCAAUAUUUAAAGCGAUAAUUAAGUCUUUUAAGAAAAGAUUGGAGAAGAAUCGUCUGAAUUUACCGACUUCUAAGAUACAAGCUUUUCAGCAGUUCCUUAAAGAAAUUACCGUAAAUGUAGGGGCCAUGCCAAAUGAUAAGGAUCACCGCCUUUUUGUAAAAGAUUACUAUGCAGAUCUUGACUUUGAUGGCGAUGACAACUUGCACAUCAUGCUAUUAAAGACCAGCAUGUUACGCACACCUCGGCAUUUGGAGAAAUUGGAUUAUACGGUGACGUCUUAUCCAAGGUAUACGGAUAUCCCUAAUGUUGUGGAUUUCAACACAAUCCACCUUCCCUAUACGUUUUUGCUCGAACCUUUAUUUAUGACUCGUGGUCACGAUGUCUUUAAGUUCAAUGCAAUUGGCGUAUUCCUUGCUAGACAAGUAUUUGCGGCAUAUCAAACCUCGGACGCUGACUACAAUUGUCAGAAUUUCACUAAUUUCCUACGGUCCUUAGAUGAUCUCAAUAUAUUCACCAACAACGAAAAGCUCUGCGAUGACGAUGAAAACAUUAAACGUAAAAACUUAAGGUAUUUGGAUCUUGUUGUCCUAAGUUUGGUUCAUGAUGCCUACUUCUCCACGGAAUCAGGAUUUGACCAAUCGCAGCCUUUCUUCACCGAUGUGCCGCUGAAACAGCUUUUUAUUUUACAAUUUGUUCAGAGGUUCCUACAUCGGUCUACUUUAUAUCAUAAUUUCAACAAUAUUCUGGUCACUAUGCCUGCUUUCGCCGAGGCCUUUAAUUGUUCGAGCUCCUCUCAAACAGUUAAAGGUGAAAAAUUUUUAUUUUAA